AUGGCACCUCAUCCUGCUGAUCAACCCGCGGCACCAAUGAAUGUCAAUGUUGAAACCCAAGGCCACCCAAACACGGCCCCAUUCUGGAGUGCUUCUUCGCAUUAUACAUAUAUUAACUGGGAUCACCCAGAUGAAGAAACUGAUUUUUAUUCUGAAACGGAUGUGAAUGGAUCAUGGAAGCUUGGUGAUGACUUAUGUAAAGGUUUGAUUUUUGAAAACAAGCGUGUUGUACAGGAUGCCCUGUUACACUAUUGUCUUAGACUAAAUCAAACUUAUAAGAUGAGUGAAUCCAAGCCAGAGUACUUUACUGCAAAGUGUCAGAAAUCCGUAGAUGGCUGCCCGUGGAGGAUAAGGGCACAUCUAUCCAAAAAAAUUGGUAAAUGGACCAUAUCCAAAUGGGAGGGUUCGCAUACGUGCUUAAAUGCGAUGACUUCUCAAGACCACAAGAAGAUGACGUCAACCUUCAUGUCCAACUACAUUCUUGGCAUGGUAAGUGCCCAACCAACUAUCCCUAUUUCUCUCAUACAAGAGAGGAUCAGUGGUCAGCUCAAUUACAAGGUGUCAUACUUUAAAGCUUGGAAGGCGAAGCAAAAAGCACUUGCUCGCGUGUUCGGUGAUUGGGAGGAGUCUUACGACCUGCUCCCUAGGUGGUUGGAAUAUAUGCUGAGGUUUUCCCCUGGAUCCCAUUACGAGUUUGUCACAACUGACUAUAAGGACCAGUAUGGCAAUGUUGUUCCUGAUUUCAAGAAAUUUGGUCGAGUGUUUUGGACGUACAAACAAUGUUGUGACGCAUUCAACUAUUGCAAGCCAAUGAUACAAAUUGAUGGCACAUUCCUCUACGGAAAGUAUAGUGGAACUUUGCUUAUUGCCACGACACAGGACGGGAACAGUAAUGUGUUGCCUUUAGCUUUUGCAAUUGUGGAGGGAGAAACACUCGGUGCUUGGACGUGGUUUCUUCGUCUGAUGCGUGUGCAUGUCACCAGGAAACAAGGGAUAUGUCUAAUAUCAGACAGACACGCCAGCAUUCUCUCAGCAGUGGGGAAUCCAUCUAACGGGUGGCAGCCACCAAACGCUUAUCAUGUGUAUUGCAUUCGCCACGUUGCCAGCAAUUUCAACUCCAGGUUUCACAACACAGAGCAGAAAAAUGAACUGAUAAAUAUGGCUUACGAGCCUUGCCCGUAUCUUUUCGAGCAACGCUUAGCGGCUUUUCGAGGGCACAACACAGCUGUCCGGCAAUGGAUAAAUGACAUCAGCAAUGAGAAAUGGAGCCGAGCUUGUGAUGUGGAAGGUCGUAGAUACGGCCACAUGACCACGAACUUAUCUGAGGCUGUGAACAAAGUGUUCAGGGGUGCUAGAAACUUGCCUAUCACUGCACUUGUUAAAUGCACAUAUGACAAGCUUGUGGAAUAUUUUGUGCAGCGAGGUUCUGUAGCAGCAGCACAACAAAGAGCCGGCGACAGAUAUUAUAACAAGGUCAUGGAGGCCAUGACAAAGAAUGCGACGGUUGCCCAGUCUCACAUUGUGCGGACGUAUAGCAUAGAUAGGUCCAGGUUCGAAGUAGAGGAGGGAUUCAACCAACAGAACCAUCGCAGUGGUUAUACGUGGCGACUGAACUUAGAUGAAAGAACUUGCGAAUGUGGACGCUUCCAGACGUUCAAAUAUCCUUGUUCACAUGUGAUCGCGGCGUGCGCCAACCAGAGUUUAGACUAUCUUCAAUAUGUGGACCCUGUUUAUACGAUUCAGAACAUUGUGGAUGCGUAUUCAGGGCAGUGGUACCCCAUUGGGAAUGAUCUGAACAUGCCGCCAAGAGUUGGGCCUAGAAUUGCUCCAGAUCCUGCCAAAAUACGGAAGAAGGGUCGUCCAAGGUCUACCUGUAUAAGAAAUGAGAUGGACUUGAGGGAGACUCAAUCUCAGCCGAGUCGGAGAUCGGUGUCACUACAAAGAUAA